AUCCAUGAACGGGACUGCAGCGCCGGGCGCGAUGAGCCGCCGGAACCCGCUCGUGAAGCAGUUCGUCCUCGAGAAUGAUCGGCCAUCGAAGAUCAGCCACCUCAACUUUGGCCUGCUCUCGUCCACGGACAUGAUGCAGAUGUCCGAGAUCCCCGUGCACUCCAAGGACCUCUUUACCAUGCCGGCGCGCGAACCGGCCAAGUUUGGCGUCUUGGACAAGCGGCUCGGUAUCUCCAACAAGACGGACGAGUGCGACACGUGCCACUUGAAGCUCUCGGACUGCGUCGGGCACUUUGGCUACGUCAACUUGGAGCUGCCCGUGUUCCACAUUGGCUACAUCAAGGCGACGCUCGAGAUCCUCCAGAACAUCUGCAAAGAGUGCAGCCGCGUCUUGCUGGCGCCCGACGUGCGCGAGAGCUACCUCCGGCGCAUGCGCGACCCGACCGCGGACGCGCUCAAGAAGAUCAACACGCGCAAGAAGAUCUCGGCGCUCUGCAAGAAGGUCGUGCGCUGCCCGCACUGCGACGGCAUCAACGGUACCGUGCGCAAGAUCGCGUGCCCGACGCUCAAGCUCGUGCACGAAAAGUACCGCGCCAAAGCCGCCCACGACAUGCGCACCGUGUUCGUCGCGCAGUUUGCGCAGGCGCAAUCGCAGAACGCAGAGAUGACCAACGCGCUCCUCGCCAAGGCCCAAGAAGAUCUGAGCCCGCUCGUCGUCCAGGAGCUCUUCAAGCGCAUCCCCGACCAGGACUGCGACUUGCUCUGGGUCAACGCCGACGUCGGUCGUCCGGAGAAGCUCAUUCUCAACUCGCUCCUCGUGCCCCCGGUUUGCAUCCGGCCCAGUGUCGCGAUGGACGUUGGCAGCGGCAGUAACGAAGACGACUUGACUGUCAAGCUCCAAGAAAUCAUUCAGGUCAACUUUGCCCUCCAAGCCGCGCUCUCCAAGGGCGCGACGCUCAAGAUGGUCAUGGAAGACUGGGACUUUCUCCAGAUCCAAGUCGCCCAGUUCAUCAACGGCGACACGCCGGGCUUGACCAAGCUCCAAGGCGCGCCCAAGCCCAUUCGCGGUCUCUGCCAGCGCCUCAAGGGCAAGCAAGGUCGUUUCCGCGGCAACUUGUCCGGGAAGCGCGUCGACUUUUCGGCGCGUACCGUCAUUUCGCCCGACCCGAACCUGCGCAUCGACCAAGUCGGUGUGCCCGAGCACGUGGCACGUGUCAUGACGUACCCGGAAAAGGUGACGCGCUACAACAUUGCCAAGCUCCGGCAGUGCGUCAUCAACGGCCCGGCCGUGCACCCGGGUGCAAACGCGAUCCGCAUCGAGGGCCAGAAAUACACCAAGAACCUCAUGUACGGCGACCGCGCGAGCCUCGCCGACGACUUGAAAGAAGGCGACAUCGUCGAGCGCCACAUGGAAGACGACGACAUUGUGCUCUUCAACCGCCAGCCGAGUUUGCACAAGAUGAGUAUCAUGAGCCACCGCGCCAAGGUGCUUCAGUGGCGUACGUUCCGCUUCAACGAGUGCGUCUGCUCGCCGUACAACGCCGACUUUGACGGCGACGAGAUGAACAUGCACUUGCCGCAGACCGAAGAGGCGCGCGCGGAAGCCGCGACGCUCAUGGCCGUGCCGCACAACUUGAUUACGUCGCGCAAUGGCGAGCCGCUCGUGGCAGCGACGCAGGAUUUCCUCACGGCCGCGUACCUCUUGACGCAGAAAAAUGUGUUUUUCAACCGCGAGCAGUUUUGCCAAGUGCUGACGCUCAUGGGCGACGGCCUCGACGAGAUUGAGCUCCCGGAAGCCGCGAUCGUGCUCCCGAUCCGCCUCUGGACCGGCAAGCAGGUCAUGAGUCUCCUCAUCCGCCCGAACCGCAAGAGCCGCGUCAUGGUCAACCUCGAGCUCAAGGAGCGCAACUACACGCACAAUUUGAGCAUGUGCCACAAGGACGGGUACGUUGUCUUUCGCAAUUCCGAGCUCCUUUCGGGCAACUUGUGCAAGAAGACGCUCGGCGACGGCUCGAAGAAGGGUCUUUUCUACGUGCUGAUUCGCGACCACGGAUCGGCCGAGGCCGCGCGCUGCAUGAACCGCCUCGCCAAGCUCUGCGCGCGCUGGCUCGGCAACUUUAAGGGCUUCUCGAUCGGCAUUGACGACGUCACGCCGUCCGACGAGCUCAACGCGGUCAAGAAGGACCUCUUGGACAACGGGUACGCCAAGGCCAACGCGACGAUCGAGGACUACCGCCGCGGCAAGCUCACGCUCAAGCCCGGGUGCAACCCGCUCCAGUCGCUCGAGAGCGAACUCAACGGUCUCCUCGGCAAGCUCCGUGAGACGGCCGGUGGCGAGUGCAUGCAGUCGCUGCCGUUCCACAACAACCCGCGCAUCAUGGCCGAGUGCGGCUCGAAGGGCUCGCCGCUCAACAUUUCGCAGAUGGUGGCGUGCGUCGGACAGCAGUCGGUCGGCGGCAAGCGCGCGCCCGAGGGCUUCGUGAACCGGACGCUGCCGCACUUUUUGCCGUAUGCGCUCCAUGCGGCUGCGAAGGGCUUUGUCGCCAACUCGUUCUACUCGGGGUUGACAGCGACCGAGUUCUUCUUCCAUACCAUGGGUGGUCGCGAAGGUCUUGUCGAUACCGCUGUCAAGACGGCCGAGACGGGCUACAUGGCGCGUCGUCUCAUGAAGGCGCUCGAAGACUUGAGCUGCCAGUACGACGCGACCGUGCGCAACUCGGAGGGCAGUGUCGUUCAGUUUACCUACGGUGACGAUGGUCUCAACCCGGCGUUCAUGGAAGGCGACGACCGUCCGGUGGACUUUCAGCGCCUCUUGACGCACGUCGUCAACACGGACCCGGACCGCACGGGCCUCGCCCUCUCGCCCACGGAGCUCCGCGCCCUUGGGAAAGAGGCGGUGCAGCGGCCACAGUUCCAGUCGAUUCUUCCGUCCGGCCGCAAGUUUCUUAUCGAAAUCGAAGAGUUCUUUUACGCGGCGGCCGACAAGCUCACGGCCGUGCGCGCGGCCGUGCAGCUCCCGUCGCUCGACGACCCGUCGCUGACACCGUACGCUGCGCAGCUCGAGCGGGCGUUCAUGCUCGAACACGAACCGACCAAGGUCGAGCCGGAGAGCAAGGUCCUUGUCGCCACGACCAAGAAGACGGCGGCAUCGACCAAGAAGGGCAAGAAGGCGGCGCUCGAGGCAUCUCCCGAGGCGGUCGAUACGGACGCGCUCCAUUACGUCAGCACGCCGUCGUGGCACACGUCGUUUGCGAGCAAGGAUUUCUUGACCAAGUGGCAGCUCAAGGCCAAGGUCGCGGGCAGCGUCGAGGCGCAAGAAGCCGCGCGCCUCCUCGUGCACAAUGUGUGCCGCCUCACGCGGUCGCAGUGCGAGAAGAUCCUCGAGGUGUCGCUCACCAAGUACCACCGGGCGAGGCCGUCGGCGCGAUCGGCGCGCAGUCGAUUUCAGAACCCGGUACGCAGAUGACGCUCAAGACGUUCCACUUUGCCGGCGUCGCGUCCAUGAACGUAACCCUCGGUGUGCCGCGCCUCAAGGAGAUCAUCAACGCGGGCAAGAACAUCUCGACGCCCAUCAUCACCGCCGCGCUCGUCUGCUCGGACGACGAGCGCAGCGCGCGCAUCGUCAAGGGCUGCAUUGAAAAGACAACGCUUGGUGAAAUCGCGGUCCACAUCAAGGAGGUGUUUGCGCGCGACCAAGCGUAUUUGUCGGUGAAGCUCGACAUGGACGCGAUCUCGGCGCUCCAGCUCACGAUCGACGCCCGCACCGUGCGCCAGGCCAUUCUCGCCGCCGUCGGCGCGCCGCCGCGCAGCAUCGUCCGGCUUCUCAAGGAGCCCCACGUGCUCUUGAACGCCCGGCGUCCGGACAAGCUCCGCAUUUUGGCGCCGACCAAGUACAAGGCGUCGGCGGCCGGCGACACGCGCUGCACCAUGUACUUUGCUCUCCAAGCGCUCAAGGCGGCGCUACCGCACGUGAUUGUGCAGGGUAUCCCGACGGUCAACCGCGCGGUCAUCAACUACGAGGAAGGGAAGGAGAAGAAGCUUCACUUGCUCGUCGAAGGCUACGGCCUCAGCGACGUCAUGGGCAUGCCCGGCGUCGACGGGCGCCACACGACCUCCAACCACAUUAUCGAGGUCGAGAAGACGCUCGGUAUCGAAGCCGCACGCCACCUCAUUGCGUCCGAAGUGAGCUACAUCAUGAGCGCCUACGGCAUUGGCAUUGACCGGCGCCAUCUCAUGCUGCUCUCGGACAUUAUGACGUUCAAGGGCGAGGUGCUGGGCAUCACGCGCUUUGGUAUCGCCAAGAUGAAGGAGAGUGUCCUGAUGCUUGCGUCGUUCGAGAAGACGACCGACCACCUCUUUGACGCUGCGGUUCACUCGCGCACGGAUGCCAUUGUCGGCGUGAGCGAGUGCAUCAUUAUGGGCAUCCCGAUUGCGGUCGGGACGGGCAUCUUCAAGCUGCUCCGAGAGGUCGAGAAGCCUGCGAUCGUCAAGCGUCUCCCGCUCAUGGAGUCGUUUGCCUAAGGCGACUUCUGCCACGACACCAAUGUACACACGUGUAUUUUACAAGUAUCAAG